UAUUAUGAUAGAAUGUCUCAUAAGAUUGUGUCAGAAACUCCUAAAGAACGUCGUAAAAGACUUAAUCAUAUCAGUAGUGAAAGAGCCUGUAAUACUGAAUCUUCUAAACAAGCUGAAUUUAGAGCAAGAGAAGCUACAAGAAACCGAAACGAGGAGCAGGUAAGUAUAUGUAAAGAAGCAUUUAACAUUCUAACUCCUUCUUCUUUGAAUCCCUGUAUUAGUACUCCUAAAGCUGUAGUUGAUAUACAAGUUGAGUCGCUAGUACUUAAUUUUUCAGUUAUGAUUUUGUUACAACUAUUAAAAGCACGCAUAUAUCCAUGGUCUUCCUGUAGAGUAGCACAGCACAAUUUGGGAAGUAUGGAUCGUAGAUGCAAAGUUCUUCUUCCACCACUUCAAGAACUACCUUCCCUUUUGAAUAUGCUUCUUACUAGAACAGACCCUUCUGCAUGCCUAUUUAAGAAAAAUAUAAGAAUGUAUAAUUCUGCAUUAGCCUUUACUUCAAUGGGUGCAAAAAUUGAUCAAAGCAUAACAGGAACAAGUGGUCCUUACAGCUUUCAUAUUUAUGAUGAGAUGUAUCAUCAGCAUGAGCUUCAAAACAGAUUAAAUAUAAUGCCAAAGCUUGAUCCUUUAAUUCUUAUUAAUCUUCAGCAAUUAUUAUAUAAUAUAAAUCCGUAUAGUCAAAUAUUUAAACAAGCUAAAGUUGCCAUCAUCAUGGUUGGAAAUGGACAAGAAAUUGAACCUAUGAACCGUGAUAUUAUUCUACAACUGCAUGAUGGAGGAUUACAAAGAAUAUUUGAACUUCACCGAGCUUAUGAACCCUUGCAUUAUGUCCUGAUGUUUCCCAGAGAUGAUGAUGAACACGCAAUACUUGCCUCUAAAAAUGAUCAAGUUGAUACUAUUAAUUCUACUAUUAUAAAUCAAUUUUCAGAAAAUCCAACCGAAUAUCUUAGCACUGAUACAAUUAAAGACCACAAUGAAACUGCCAAUCUGUAUCCUACUGAAUUUCUUAACUCUUUAUCUAUCACAGGUCUUCCUUCACAUAAACUAAUCUUAAAAACAG